GCAGGGCGUGUCCGGCGCCUGCGCGCGGCGAGCCGCGGGUCCCGAAUACAAGAUGGCGGCGGCGGCUGCCAGGGUGAGGCAGCGGUGCAUUGGCGGCGGGAAGCUGAGCGACCCCCAGCGACCCCAGGCCCCGGCCGCAGUGCCAAUGCUGCAAAAUGGCCAAUGAGAACCACGGCAGCUCCAGGGAGGAAGCUGCUCUGAUGAGCCACUCUCCCGGCACCUCCCACCAGAACCAGCCAAGCUCCCCCAAACCCGCCCGUCUGGUGCAGGAUUUGCCAGAUGAGCUGGUGCAGGCGGGCUGGGAGAAGUGCUGGAGCAAACGCGAGAACCGCCCUUACUACUUCAACCGCUUCACCAACCAGUCCCUCUGGGAGAUGCCAUUGUUGGGGCAACAUGACGUCCUUUCUGACCCUCUGGGUCUGAAUGCUGCUCCGAUGCCUGCCGAAGGGGGAGCCGGUGAAGUUGCCACUGCUGAAAGCAGGAUGUGGAAACGGAGGCUCUCUGAGGAGGGUCAGCCCAGUGGCAACAGUGCGAAAAAGCCCAAGAUAGAGGCACCAGGAAACCCCACAGCCCAGCCAGUCCCAAACAUUUCCAGCACCCCCGGGACGCCCCUGCUGAAGGUGUGGGGCAUCUCUCCUGAAGACAGACAGACGGCUCUCUUGCGACCAACCGAAGUCUACUGGGACUUGGACAUCCCAACCAAUGCAGUCAUUAAGCAGAGGGCACCCUCAGAGGUGCUGACCCCACACCCAGAGGUGGAGCUGCUCCGAUCCCAGUUGAUGCUGAAGUUGCGGCAGCAUUACCGGGAGCUCUGCCAGCAGCGAGAGGGAAUCGAUCCACCACGAGAGUCCUUCAACCGCUGGAUGCUCGAGCGAAAGGUGGUAGACAAAGGGACGGAUCCGUUGCUACCGAGCAACUGCGAGCCUGUGGUGUCUCCUUCCAUGUUCCGAGAAAUCAUGAAUGACAUUCCUAUCAGAUUGUCGCGAAUCAAGUUCCGGGAAGAAGCCAAGCGGCUGCUUUUCAAAUACGCUGAGGCUGCAAAGCGGCUCAUUGAAUCCAGGAGCGCCUCUCCAGACAGCAGGAAGGUGGUGAAGUGGAACGUAGAAGACACCUUCAGCUGGCUGCGGCGGGACCGCUCCGCCUCCAAGGAAGACUACAUGGACCGCCUGGAGCACUUGCGCAAGCAGUGUGGCCCCCACGUCUCUGCUGCAGCAAAGGACUCGGUAGAGGGCAUUUGCAGCAAGAUCUACCACAUCUCCCUGGAGUAUGUCAAGCGCAUUCGCGAGAAGCACCUGGCCAUCCUCAAGGAACACAACAUAUCCGUCGAGGUAGAGGCUCCUGAGGUGCAGGACCGGCUUGUUUACUGCUACCCGGUGCGGCUGGCCGUCCCAUCUCCCCCGCUGCCAAACGUGGAGAUGCAUGUGGAAAACAGCCUGGUCUGCGUGCGCUACAAGGGCGAGAUGGUGAAAGUCAGCCGCAGCUACUUCAGCAAGUUGUGGCUGCUCUAUCGAUACAGCUGCAUCGACGACCCUGGCUUUGAGCACUUCCUGCCGAGGGUUUGGUGCCUUCUCCGCAGGUACCAGAUGAUGUUCGGCAUUGGGCUCUACGAAGGGACCGGCCUGCAGGGGGCUCUUCCCGUGCAUGUCUUCGAAGCCCUUCACAAGCUCUUCGGGGUGAGCUUUGAGUGCUUCGCCUCCCCCUUGAACUGCUACUUCAAGCAAUACUGCUCAGCCUUCCUCGACACGGACGGGUACUUUGGGUCUAGAGGGCCCUGCCUGGACUUCUUCCCCAUCAGCGGCUCGUUUCAGGCAAACCCCCCCUUCUGCGAGGAGUUGAUGGACGCCACAGUGUCCCACUUCGAGAAACUCCUGGAGGCAUCCAGUGAGCCCCUGUCGUUCAUCGUCUUCAUCCCUGAGUGGCGAGACCCCCCGACGCCGGCCCUGACCCGCAUGGAGCAGAGCCGCUUCAAGCGGCAGCAGCUCGUCCUCCCAGCCUUUGACCAUGAGUACCGCAGCGGCUCCCAGCACAUUUGCAAAAAGGAGGAGAUGUACUACAAGGCAGUGCACAACACGGCGGUCCUGUUCCUGCAGAACGGCGCAGGCUUCGCCAAGUGGGAGCCCACGCAGGAGCGCCUGCAGGAGCUGGCCACCACUUACAAGCACUCGGGGCGGACCCUGGCCGCCGCCACCGCCGCCGCCGCCGCCGCCGCCGCCUCUUCGGCUUCGGACAAGGAUCAGGAGGUGGUCCAGGAGCAGAGCACCAGCCGAGAGCCGACCCCCAACUGAUAGUGGUGGCCGGUGGGCAGAGCAGGACAGUCGGGCUGUUCUGAAGCAGGAGGGGGGCGGCUGGCCUCAGCACGCUGGAACUGAUGGCUGGUAGCAACGCGUCGCCCUCCUGCCCCUGGGCGAGCCGCAGGUCUCCCCCCUCGGGCUGCGCCCAGCAGGGCAGGGCCGCUGUCCCACCGAGCCCCCGGCUGAGGCGGGGGGGCGGCCAGAGAGCCUGCGGAAGCAGGGGGGCUGCCACCCGCUCGCGGGGGGGCGGGGCGGGGCGGGGCCCUGCGCAUCAGCCGCGCAAAUAGGUGUCCAUGUGGCGACUGCUCUUGUUGCCUCGCCCCGGUUCUCUCCAGUGUGCCCGCUGCAUACUUUCGCCGGCACCGUUUCUUGCCAGUUGCAGAGCGAAAGACUUCUGUGCGUGUGGGCAGACGGUCUCGGCUGCCCUUUCGUAGUUGUCUUCUUUCCACCGGGGGCCCCUGGCUUUCUAGGAGGGGUUUUGGUUUUUUUAAGGGUUUAAUUUAACUGUGCUAACCAUUUUACGACUUCUACUGAGAGAGCAAAGGAAAGUCUACUUUGGAUUUUGUUUCCAGUGCUUAGGAACAUUAAAACCAGCAUUACUGCGCA